GCGGGCGGACACUUCCUGUGUCAUGGCGUCACAGUGCAAGUCCGAGCUUGUUGCUGAGACCUCCCGAGCAGCCUGUGCUUUCUUCUGUGACAUCUACUGGCUGCGGGCUGCAUGGGAAAGACCCUGGGAGACCCUCAAGCCACGCAAUGGUGACGUUGUGGAACAGGGUCUGGGAACAGGAUGGAAUCGGGGAAGCAGUGACCUUUGCGGAUGUGGCUGUGAACUUCACCAAGGAAGAAUGGGCUUUAUUGAAUCCAUCCCAAAAGAAGCUCUGCAGAGAUGUGAUGUGGGAAACAUUUAUGAACAUGGCUGUUAUAAGAAGAACCUGGGAUAGCCAGCAAAUUGGAGAGGAGUACAAAAAUUGUUGGAGAAAUCUAAGAAAUGAAGAGGUAGAGAAAUGCUAUGAAUAUAAAGUUUUGAAUCAAUCUAAAGAAAUGUUCCUCUUGACUCCAUAUGUUAAUGUGAACAUGAAAAAAGCUGGUUUAAAACCAGCUGAAAGUGUUGCUUAUAGAAAGCCCCUGAUUGAUAAUAUAUCACUAAAUGCACCCAUAAGAUCUCAAACUAAACUGAAGCCAGAUGAAUAUUCAGGAUUUAAAGAGAAGCACUAUAAAUGUAAUGAAGAUGGAAGAACCAGCAGUGGUUUCCAGUCCUUUAAGAAGCAUGCAAAGAUAAAGGCUGGAGAGAAACCCUGUGAAUACAAGCAGUGUGGGAAAGCUGACUGUGAUCCCAGAGAAAGAACUCACCCUAGAGAGAAGACCUUUGUGUGUAAGCAAAGUGUGAAAGCCCCCGGCACACUCAAUGAUGUUCAAAUCCAUCACAAUGCAGGAAAUCCAUAUGUAUGCCAACAAACUGGGGAAUCUUUUAUUUCUUCCUGUUAUAUUGAAAUACAAGAAAGAAGACAUGCUGGAGAGAAUCCCUGUAUAUCUAAGGAAUGUGGAAAAGCCAAAUUAGCUCCUAGUAAUUCCUUUCACAAACAUAGAAGUACUCACAUUGGGAAGAAACUCUACAAAUGUAAACAGUGUGGGAAAGCUUUCAGGAGUCAUAGUAACUGUCACAGACAUGAAAAAACUCAUACUGGAGAGAAAUCCUAUGUAUGUAAGCAAUGUGGGAAAGCUUUCAGCACACACUGGUACUGUCAAAUACAUGAGAGAAGUCACACUGGGAAUACACCCUAUAUAUGUAAUCACUGUGGGAAAGCAUUUACUACACACAGGAAUUGUCAAGUACAUGAGAGAAGCCAUACUGGUGAAAAACCGUAUGUAUGUAAGCAAUGUGGGAAAGCAUUCAGUAUGCAGAAGUAUUAUCAAAUACAUAAAAGAAGACACACUGGAGAGAAACCCUAUGUGUGUGAGCAAUGUGGAAAAAAGUUUUAUUCUAACAUUUCACUUUAUAGACAUAAAAAAAUUCACACUCGGGAGAAAUCCUAUGUAUGUAAUCAAUGUGGAGAAGCAUUCAGUACAUACAGGCAUUGUCAAAUACAUGAAAGAACUCACAAUGGGGAGAAACUCUAUAUAUGUAAGCAUUGUGGGAAAGCUUUCAGCAGUCACUGUCACUGUCAACGACAUGAAAGAAUUCACACUGGGGAGAAGCCCUAUGUAUGUAAGCAUUGUGGGAAAGCAUUUAAUAUACAAAAUAAUUGUCAAAUACAUGAAAGAACUCACACUGGAGAGAAACCCUAUGCAUGUAAGCAUUGUGGGAAAGCUUUCAACACACACAGUCAGUGUAAAAUACAUGAACGAACUCACACUGGGGAGAAACCCUAUGUAUGUAAGCAUUGUGGGAAAGCAUUCAGUACAUGUAGUUCUCAUAAAACACAUGAAAGAACUCACACUGGGGAGAAACCCUAUGUAUGUAAGCAAUGUGGAAAAGCAUUCAGUAGACACAGUUAUUGUCAAAUACAUGAAAAGUCACACUGAAGAAACUAGGCAUUGUGGGAAGCAUUCAGUACAUGGAAAUAUUGACAAAAGUAUGAAAGAUGUCUCACUUUGGAAGAACUAUGUAUAUAAGCCUAUUUUGAUCAUUUCUGAUGUAGCAGAGACCUGUAGAAAUGACUUAUAUGAAAAGCUUGAUGUUACUUUUUCUUAAUAAAUUUUCCAGAAAAUGCACACCCAGAUGGAAAUAUCCUAAAGUAUAAACACUUUUUCAAUAAAUCUUUUAAUUAUGUAUCUGUGGUAUUCAACAUGAAAAUAUACAUUUAUUUGACAUUUUUCUGUAAGCAGUUUUCUUUGAGUCAAAUACAUAGGGUUUUAAUUAAGCAAGGUGAAAUAUAUUUGUCACAUAUAAGUACAGUUAGUAUUCAUGUAGUUUGCUUUUUGUUUUGAUUUGUUUUUAUAAUUUAGAGGUCUAGGCCACUAAAACAUAAAUUUUGGUCUUUGUCAGGAUUUUUUCUCUAGCUUUAUUUUAAAUUCUUGGUGUAUAUACUCCAUCUUCUGUGUAACAAUAGAUAUUUUUAAUGGAAUGCUAUAUUUUAUAUUAAGAUAUAUAUAUAUUUGCAGACUUGUGUACAUGUGCUUUUGACAAAGUCCAGUUUUCACACAACAUGUAGAUUAGCAAAUGAUUUUCAUAUGAUGACUAGAUCUCUGCAUCUAUCCCAAUAUAACUGUUACAAAAAGUA